CAUUUGUUCUGAAAACUUUUAAUUAAAAGUCAUUUCUUUCUCCUUAAAAAUAAAACAGGGCCCUGUGACUCUCUGGUUUCUGAGCUGAAUGACCUUUAUCAGGGUCACAGAAGCAGCUACAAUUUUCCCAGUCCUUUUGUUCCUGGUCUAGAGUCCAGAAGGCAGUUUGCUUAAGAAGGAAGGACUACAACUCCCAGAGUCCCCCUGUGCAGUUGUCAGGAGCAACCAAGGAAUGCAGACCAACAGCCUUGCUGGAGUCUGAGGACUAACAACUCACUGCCAGCCAGCCAUGGGCCAGGAUUAUUACUCAGUGCUCCAGAUCACUCGCAAUUCAGAGGAUGCUGAGAUCAAGAGAGCGUAAGUCAGGGCCAGAGCCAGGCCUGAGGGGUGUGCUAGGGCAGCCCCACCACUGCCGGCCCUUCCCACGAGGCUUUGCUGCACAGAGCUGGGCAGGCAAGGCUGGCCUUGAACUCACAGUGAUCCUCCUGGCUCAGCUUCCUGAAUGCUGGGACUACAGGUACCGGAAACUUGCCCUGAAGAAUCACCCACUGAAGUCAGAUGAGCCAUUUGCAGCAGAGACUUUCAGGCAAAUAGCAGAGGCCUACGAUGUGCUGAGCGAUCCUGUGAAGAGAGGCAUCUAUGACAAGUUUGGAGAGGAGGGCCUAAAGGGCGGAAUACCUCUGGAGUUUGGAGCCCAGACACCAUGGACAACUGGCUACGUCUUCCAUGGCAACCCUGACAAGGUUUUCCAUGAGUUCUUUGGGGGAGACAACCCUUUCAGUGAAUUUUUUGAAGCAGGAGGAAGUGAUGUCGAUUUGAAUUUUGGGGGACUCAGGGGCCGAGGGGUCAAGAAGCAGGACCCUUCAAUUGAACGGGACCUCUACUUAUCCCUGGAGGACUUAUUCUUUGGCUGCACCAAAAAAAUUAAGAUCUCUCGAAGGGUGCUGAACGAGGAUGAGUACUCCUCUACCAUCAAGGACAAGAUCCUGACAAUCGAUGUGCAGCCUGGGUGGAGGCAGGGCACACGCAUCACCUUUGAGAAGGAAGGAGACCAGGGCCCCAACAUCAUCCCAGCUGACAUCAUCUUCAUUGUAAAGGAGAAGCUGCACCCUCGUUUCCGCAGGGAGAACGACAACCUCUUCUUUGUGAACCCCAUCUCCCUGGGCAAGGUUGGCCAUGGUGGCUGCCCCACCUCCUUUGCUCCUAACCUCCCCAGGCCCUCACCUGCUGCACCGUGGAGGUGAAGACCCUAGAUGACCGUCUGCUUAACAUUCCCAUCAAUGACAUCAUCCAUCCCAAGUACUUCAAAAAGGUGCCAGGUGAGGGGAUGCCAUUGCCUGAGGACCCUACCAAAAAGGGGGACCUCUUCAUCUUCUUCGACAUCCAGUUUCCCACCCGCCUCACACCCCAGAAGAAGCAGAUGCUGCGCCAGGCAUUGCUGACCUGACUGGCUGACUUGGCUGCAGCUGGAAUGGGGGUAGAAGGCUCACUGGGCGUCACCCUCCCCCCAUUCCACAGCCUCAGGCUGCACCAGGGAGCCAGCUGGUCCUGCACAGAUAUGACAGGAGGAGGGUGGCAUGGGACCUUACACUGACGUAAUAAAGAUUUUAUUUCCUAUCCUCCAGCUACCCCCUGGAGUGUUGGCCAGGAGCUUCUUGGUAGUCUUUCCUGCAGGACCCAGGAAGCUGGGCACCUGGGUCCCCUGUCCUG